AUGCAGUCAACAAUAUCGGGCGAGAAUGAGGGGUCCAAAAAACAUACUUUGCAACAAAGCAGUGAUUAUAAGCACCACGCGACAGACGACUCUAUAAUUACGGCUGGGAAAACACCUCCUCCGACCAAUAACCCAGCUCAACCUAUUGCUGAGAUGGGCAACAACGAGCCACAAUGGUUGGAAGGGUUUCCGCUAUUUGUUAUCAUGUCAGCAAUCACCAUUGUGUGUUACUUGAUGUUACUUGAUGUGUCAAUUAUAUCUACAGCACUUCCCGCGAUUACCAAUGAAUUCAACUCCCUUCCAGACCUCGGUUGGUAUGGAGCAUCGUACCAAUUAUCCAAUGCCGCUCUUCAGCCGUUGACCGGCAAACUCUAUGCAAACUUCACGCCCAAAUGGACUCUCCUGGUUUUCUUUUUCAUCUUCGAAAUAGGAUCUUUGAUCUGUGCCUUGGCGACAUCUUCAAAGAUGCUAAUCGUUGGUCGAGCCAUUGCUGGGAUUGGGAAUUCUGCGAUUCAAAAUGGAUGUGUUACUAUCAUCGCUGGAAUUGUUCCAUUACAGAAACGCCCGGCCUUGCUUGGUAUCGCGAUAGGCAUCUCUCAACUAGGUCUCGCCUCUGGGCCCUUGGUCGGAGGGGCACUGACUGAGUACGCAAGCUGGCGAUGGUGUUUCUGGAUUAAUCUACCUAUUGGAGCCGUCGUGGCCAUAUUGAUAAUCGUGAUUCGCAUUCCAGAUCCCAUCCCCAAACUACCUCCUCUCGUCGUCUUUCGCACCCUGCAUACAAAACUGGAUUUCCUCGGGUUCGUUGGUUUUGCUGGAGCUACCAUCAUGUUGCUCAUGGCAGUUCAAUUUGGUGGUAACCAAUACCCCUGGGGUAGCCCAACUGUCAUCGGGCUGUUCUGCGCCUCCGGGGUCACGUUCUUAAUUUGGCUUGCCUGGGACUGGAAGAACGGAGAUGACGCUCUUAUCCCACUGUCGCUGAUGAGCCAGAGAGCUGUGUGGUCUAGCUGCGCUACAUACGGCUUAUCGAUGGGAUCGCUAUUUACCUCCUCAUACUUUCUGCCAGUGUAUUUUCAAGGUGUUCUAGGAGCCUCCCCUCUCAUCAGUGGUCUUCAGCUGCUUCCGAACAUCAUCCCUCAGUUAUUCAUGGCUGUGCUGAGUGGGACACUAGUCACCAAACUCGGAUACUACCUACCAUUCAGUCUGAUAGGGGCAGUAUUGAUCUCCAUAGCAGCUGGACUUGUCUCAACGUACUCGCCUACAAUACCCCUGGCCCAAAGAAUUGGAUUUCAGAUUAUACUGGGUGCUGGCUACGGUCUUGGGUUGCAAAUGCCAAUGAUCGCCAUCCAAAGCUCCGUCCAGCCGCAACAAAUUCCCGUUAGCAUAGCGAUGUUGAUGUUCUGUCCACAACUGGCCGGGGCCUUACUUAUCAGCUUCGGGAAUACCAUCUUCUCCAACAGUCUCAAAACCUUAAUCCCACAAUAUGCCCCCUCCGUCGAUCCCGAAACUGCUAUCGCCGCAGGAGCGACGGGUCUUCGGAAUGUGGUCCCCUCAUCCGUCCUUGGCAAUGUCUUGAUUGCUUAUGCCAAGAGUGUGGAUCGUGUAUUCUACUUGAUUGCUGCUUGUGGCGUCAGUACUUUUUUCUUAGCAUGGGGAAUGGGAUGGAAUGAUAUUCGAAAGAGCAAGGGACCGCAGCCAUCCCAGCCGCAACCGGCACAGGAACAGGAACAGGAGGAAAAACCUUGA